UGUUCGUCGCCGGGGAGGAUCUUUAGCGGGCUCAAGGCGCCCAGCAUUAGCAUCGAGAAGUAUCUGGAAAGGAUCUUCAAAUACACGAAUUGCUCCCCGGCGUGCUUCGUUGUUGCUCGUUACCAGCGUCAUGACCGCCUCCAAGAUCCUCGAUGACGUGCACUUCAACAACGCAUUCUUCGCGCGCGUCGGGGGGAUCAGCACCAGCGAGGUGAACAAGCUGGAGCUGGAAUUCCUCUUCCGGCUGGAUUUCCGGCUGACCGUCACGGUCCAGGAAUUCGAGAGCUACUGCAGCUAUCUCGAUCGCGAGGCGCGCCUCCCCAGCGCCAGGCCCGAUCAUCAUCACCAUCAUCACCGAUCAGGCUUCCCGGCGUUCGAAUCGCCGCGAUCCAAUCCCAAGCCGCCGCUAGUCUUCUCCUUGUUCCAAUGGAAGCCCUAGAAAACAGAGCAAGUAAAAUUUGUUAUCUUUUGAAAUGCAAUGCCAUGGAUUGGAUUGGAUA